AUGCUGCGCGAUCGGACCCUUCGGCUGCAGUUUGGCCACCGCCUGGAGGCGGUCUACCUGCUGGGCACCCGGCUGUCCGUGGACGUCUUCGGGGCAGCUCCGCCCGAAGCGGUGAAUUUCAGCGUGAAACAUUCGCAAGAGGUCAGUGUUGAAGUCAUAAGCCGGGAUCAGUCGGAUUUCGCACCUGCCGAUGGAGCUAAGCAAUGGCCACUGGACCCUGGCACCUUCCUGCAGAUCCAGAUGACCCAGCCCAGCCUGGAGACCAAUGAAAGCAAAGUAACCGUAGGAUAUUACGGGGAGAACGGAGAGCACCCUAUAAAUCAAGCUGGCGUUUUUCUGACUGGCAUUGGAAUCUCUCUGGACGUUGACGCAGAUCGCGACGGCGUGGUGGAGAAGAACAACCCCAAAAAGGCCACCUGGACCUGGGGCCCCGAUGGUCAGGGUGCCAUCCUCCUGGUCAACUGUGACAAAGAAAAUCCAUUCAGCAGCACUGAGGACUGUCAGGAUGAGAAAAUAUUUUCCAAGGAAGAUCUGGAGGACAUGUCCCGGAUGAUCUUGAGAACGCAAGGCCCAGACCGGCUUCCUGCGGGCUACGAGAUGGUUCUCCACAUUCCACUUUACGACACCGACAAGGUUGGCGUCUUUUACCUGCAGAAUCCGUUCUUUGGCCAGCGCUACAUACACAUCCUGGGGAGAAGGAAACUGAGCCACGUGGUGAAAUACACGGGGGGCUCGGCCGAACUGGAGUUCUUCGUGGAGGGUCUGCGCUUCCCGGACGAGAGUUUUGACGGACUCGUCUACGUCCAUGUCAGUCUGCUGGAGCCGACGGCUGAGGGAAUUCCGCAGAUCCCGAUCUUCACCGACACCGUCCUUUUCAGGGUUGCACCCUGGAUCAUGACCCCAAACAUCUUGCCACCCAUCUGCGUCUUUGUCUGCAGUGUCAAGGACAACUAUCUUUUCCUGAAGGAAAUCAACAGCUUAGUCAGCAAAUCCGGAUGCAAGAUCAGCGUUUGCUCGCGCUACAUGAAUCGUAGCGACCGAUGGAUGCAGGAUGAGAUUGAAUUUGGCUACAUUCAAGCACCCCACAAGCAAUUCCCGGUGGUUUUGGACUCUCCGCGGGAUGGUGGCCUACAAUAUUUUGCCGUCAAACAGAUUUUGGGCCCCGAUUUCGGCUACGUGACCCAGGAGCCCCUCUUUGAGGUCGUCACCAGCUUGGACUCCUUUGGGAACCUGGAAGUCAGCCCCCCGGUCUCUGUCCAUGGGAAGGAGUAUCCUCUGGGCAGGAUCCUCACUGGAAGCAGCUUCCCCACCUCUGGGGGACGCCGUAUGACCAAGGUGAUCCGCAACUUCCUCCAUGCCCAGCGGGUCCAGUCCCCGGUGGAGCUGUAUUCAGACUGGCUGACCGUCGGCCACGUGGACGAGUUUGUGACCUUCGUUCCCAGCCCUGGCAAGAAGCAAUUCCGGAUGCUCAUGGCCAGCCCCUCCGCCUGCUACAAGUUCUUCAGAGAAAAGCAGAAAGAAGGCCAUGGAGAAGCCACCAUGUUUAAAGGAUACUCUGGCACAGACACCAAACGCGUCACCAUCAACAAGGUCCUUUCCAACGAGAUUAUGGUGCAGGAGAACCAGUAUGUGCAGAGGUGCAUCGACUGGAACCGCGACAUCCUCAAGAAGGAACUGGGCCUGAAAGAGGAAGACAUUAUCGACCUGCCCGCCCUCUUCAAGAUGGACAGAGAAGGGAAAGCAAUGGCUUACUUUCCCAACAUGGUGAACAUGAUCGUGCUGUCCCGAGACCUGGGCGUCCCCAAACCCUUUGGGCCCAUCAUUGAGGGGGAGUGUUGCCUGGAGCAGCACGUCUCCUCCCUGCUGGAGCCCCUGGGCCUGGCCUGCACCUUCAUCGACGACAUCUCCUCCUACCACAAGCUCCUGGGAGAGGUCCACUGCGGCACCAACGUCCAGCGGAAGCCCUUUGCCUUCAGCUGGUGGAAGGUGGUCCCCUGAGAGGGGGGCCGCCGCCGCUCACCGGGAAGACGAG